AUGAAAGCAAUAGACAUACAUUCAUGCAAUAAAGAACAACUAGAAACAACUUCGAAACUACUUGUUCAAGAAAAAACAUUAAAAAGUGAAAUUUGUAAUAAGCAGUUUGUUGGAAAAAAAUAUUUAAAUCAACAUUUUGAAAUUCACAGGGUAGAGAAGCCUUACAAGUGUGAAAUUUGUUUUGAACAAUUUAGUGAAGCUGCCAAGAUGAAAAUUCAUUUGAGAAUACAUACUGGAGAAAAGUCAUGUAAGUGUGAAAUUUGUUUUAAACAGUUUACUCAUGCAGCUAAUUUGAAACCACAUUUGAGAAUUCACACUGGUGAAGUAUCUUUUAAGUGUGAAAUUUGUUCUAAGCAAUUUAGUGCCACAGGUAGUUUGAAAAGACAUUUGAGAGUGCAUACUGGAGAAAAGCCUUACAAGUGCGAAAUUUGUUUUAAGCAAUUUAGUCAAGAUGAACAUUUAAAACAGCAUUUAAGGGUACACACUGGAGAGAAACCUUACAAGUGUAAAAUUUGUUUUAAGCAAUUUAGUCGAGAGGGAAGUUUGAAAUCCCAUAUAAGAGUACACACUGGAGAAAAACCUUACAAGUGUGAAAUUUGUUCUAAGCAAUUUAGUCAAGAGGGUAGUUUGAAAAACCAUUUAAGAGUACACACUGGAGAAAAGCCUUACAAGUGCAAAAUUUGUUUGGCGCAAUUUAGUGAAGCAGGCAGUUUGAAAAGACAUCUAAAAAUGCACGCUGGAGAAAAACCUUAUAAGUGUAAAAUUUGUUCUAAGCAAUUUAUUCAAAGUGGAGAUUUGAAAAGGCAUUUGAGGAUACAUACCGGAGAAAAGCCUUAUAAAUGCGAAAUUUGUUUUAAGCAAUUUAGUCAAAAUGGUGAUUUGAAAAAUCAUUUAAAAAUACAUACUGUAUGA